CUGGUUAACUCCAUUUUUCCUUGAUGGACUCAUUGAAGUGCCGAGUGCUUUCCAUUUGGGGUGCGUUUGGAGAGACACUAUCAACGCCAUUUACGCCAUUCUAUCUUCAUUGUUCAUCAGACGUAAAACAAGGAUAGAAUUAUAUAAAUAGUGCUAAUAGUGUCUCACCGAACGCACCCUUAGUGACAUUAGUUUUACGCAAGUAAUUUACUUAAAAAGAGAUAUAAUUGAGCGACGACCGCAAGUGGGGAGAAAUUACUGUUCAUUUGGAUUCCGAUUAGAUACUUGGAUAACAGAUUCUGUAUAAUCCUAAGAAGAAAACAAUUAAUAAAUAAAAAACGGAGAUUCUUGGAAUUUUUAAUUUAGCGAACUCUGUUUAUUUGUUACAUUAAUUGCUAAGCAAUUAUGAAAAUGACUGUCAGUCUGAGAACAGUGGGUUUUAUGAAAUUAAGUCAUCGUGUUCGACAGAGUCUAAACAUGCGCAAAUAUGUGAGUGAUCAGCAUCUCGCAGACGGCGAGGUGAAGAAACAAAAGAUACCGCUAAACAUCGAUACCAACAUGCUGAAGAUCGGUUUCCUCGGCGGGGGAAAAAUGGCCCAGGCGCUUGCUAAAGGUUUUAUACGAGCGAAUUUAAGCAAAGGCGAAAUGAUACUGGCUAGCUGUCUUCCAAAUGAUACCGGCAGUAUUGAAACUUUUAAGAAAAUGGGAUCAAGUACUGUUUUUGCGAAUAUACCUGUCAUCGAUUUCAGUGACGUGCUAAUCCUUUCGGUAAAACCGCAAGUUGUACCAAAGGUAUUAUCAGAAUUUAGAGUAGACGACAACAAGAAGUUAGUCCUUUCCAUCGCCAUGGGCAUCUCUCUGAAAUCACUAGAAAAGGCACUGCCAAAAGAAACGCCCGUGAUAAGAGUAAUGCCGAACACACCUGCAUUAGUUGGCUGCGGUGCUACGGUGUUUGCGCGUGGAAAAUGUGCGAGUGACGAAGAUGCGGAGAUCGCAGAAAAACUAUUUUGCUCCAUAGGCACCUGCGAAGAAGUCCCAGAAUAUUUCAUUGAUCCUGUAACUGCCUUGGCCGGUUCCGGUCCUGCCUAUAUAUAUAUGGUAAUCGAAGCAAUGGCCGAUGGUGGAGUUAAAAUGGGACUUACUAGGCCUAUUGCGUAUAGGCUCGCUGCACAAACUGUCUUAGGUGCUGGUGCAAUGGUCCUCAAGACAAACCUCCAUCCAGGACAGCUCAAGGAUGACGUAACUUCACCAGCAGGCUCGACCAUAGCUGCUAUUCAUCAAUUAGAAAAGUAUGGCUUAAGAUCGGCAUUAAUCACCGCUAUAGAGGCAGCAACACUUCGAUGUAAAGAAGUUAGUUUACAGGCCAACAAGAAUUCAUAAUUAUUGUUGUAUUGACAUUUUAAAGAAAGAUAUCAGGAGAUACGAUAAUUUCUCGAUAUAAAAUAACAUAGAUAACGUAGAU